CACAAGUGUAGUGCUCCUCAAGGCCUGUGACCUGUAAAGGCAAAGCUGUGCUCUCUCCAUGUGCCAAGAGUUUGUAUGAGAUCAUGCCUGCUGGUCCUUAAAAGGUUCAUGUCAAGGUUUGAGACAAAGUUUGCUGACCUGAAGCUGCCUGGUUGUGUCCAGGGUUUGUGGUCAACAGUAGCGAUGUUCCCAUUAUGACCAGACAAAUUGUGGCAGCAAGUUCUUUGGUUUUUGCUGUGUUGCCAUACCGUCCAGUUCCCAGCCUUAGUCUUGGAGCCCAGUAUGCCAUGGCGCAGAGGAGUCGUCGCCAGAUAUAUGAAACUGCCUUUGACAGCAAGCCUUCGCCGUGCUUCCGGCAGGUGGAGAAGAAAAGCGAGGAUGGAGGGGACCUGAUAGAUCGCAUCGCCAACCACCCUAUCCUUCAGCUCUUAAAUCUACGUCGACGUUCUCGACAAGGUGGACAAAGCAAUGGUGGGCAUGGCUGUCACAGGACCAGAACUUUUCCAGGCAAUACUGUUGUUGCUUCUACCUCUUCUGAUCCUAAGUUUCAGGUUGGUGUGUAUACUCCCAGAGGUGGUCGUCGUGAUCGAGGACGUGGCUUAGCACCUCGUCCUGCUCGCAGUGUAUCCACUCACUAUAUAACCGAGCAUCGUGUCCGCCCCAUAGGAUUGUCAAAGAGUGAUGAUGAAAUUCUUAAUCGUGGGUCUGAUUCCUUGGACGAAGAUGACUACAUUGAGGAUUACAUUGAAGGUCAGAAUGCUAAGGAGCUCUCUGCAGACUUGAAAACUCUUCAUAUGCAGAGUGAUGACUAUUUCAAAGAAUCACAAAAGGAGAAAAAGAGUUCAAAAAAGAAGAAUAAGAAGUUAAAAGAAAGAGCAGAGCUUAGUAAAUCUCAGGCCAUCCCUGCUAGACUUCCUUUACGACCAUUAGAACUGCGAAGUCCUCCUGGCACUGCCCCAUUGCCCAUUAAAUUCUGCAAAAGAACUCCCAUUGCAGAUAAAAGUCCCUCCAGUUGGUUUAGUCCCCCAAGACAAAAGGAUCUAAACCUUCCAAUAAAGAAAAGUUUAAGUAAAGAACUAUUGGGAUUGAGUAGAAAUACACCGCCUUGUGAGAGUCACACCAGUCUCAAUGCCUCCAUGGAGGUACUUCUUGAUAGUUCUUCCCAGAGGGAUAUCAAAUCAUGUUUUAUGCCUCCUGGAGUAAAUGUAAAGUACUCCAGCAUUGAGAGUGUUGUAACAGGAAGCACCAUGUCGAGUCUUGAGAGUCUACGUAGCUCCAUGAGUGAUGGUAGCAAGAGCACAGCGAGCAAUGAGUCGGCAAUGAGUAGUUAUAAGAGUUCGUCCUUAGGAAGUGAUUCAUCCCUCCUAUCCCGUCCUGCCCUUAACCUCAGUGCUCCCCACAGGUCACUUAUCCAGUCCGCAAAGUUUCAGAUCCUCUCUCCUAUUUCGGAUAAGUCCCAGGAACCAUCAUCUGAAUAUGGCUGCCUUUCUCAGAAAACCUCUCCGCAAGAUUUGGCAGAAUUACAUUCAGCCAUGUCACGCCAGAAGACUCCUUUGCAACCCAGGAAUAUUCAAGAAGACUUCCGUAACUUUCACCACAUUCUUCCUGGUCCUCCAAGAGAAGGAGAUGUCCAAGGGUCAGACAGUGGUAUUAGUAUCGAAUAUGGUCUUCAUAUGAGCAGAAAACAUGAAGCUCCCUACAGUGACUUACCCUUUGACAUGCCCAAACUCCGUCGACGAUUGGCUGCAGCAAAGAUUGGAAAAACUAGUUUAUCAAGCAGCAAUUCUUCAAUCUCUUCCAGUGGUGCCACAAGUGAAGGAAACCCACGACUAAGUCUUCCUCCAAACUUCCAACCCACAGUCAACCCUGCUGUAUCCAGAUUACAAAUUUUGGAGGUUCGCAGUGGCACUUCCUCAUCCAACUCGAGCGACUGGGACACUCGGUCGUCUGCAGAGAGCAGUGAUGAUCAGGGCACACCAAAAUUCAGAAAUAAAGUGCCUUGGCGCCUACCCGAGCCCUCGCUCGAUGUGUUUACGGACUCGUCGUCUCUGGGCUGCAGCUUUAUGACCAGUGCUCAGCAGGCCGGCCAGGGGCGAUGGGAUCUGUCCUUCCAUUGGGCUCACAGCACGACACAACACACAUUAACAUUAGGAUUUGUUAUUGAACCCUUAUCUUACAGCUGGUAUCAUGGUGCACUGAGCAGAACAGAAGCAGAGGCUACACUAAGAUCUUGUUCUGAAGGCAGCUACCUGGUGCGCUCUCUUGAUAUCUCACGCCAUGAGUACUCUCUUGGUUUAAAGUCUGCUCGUGGAUAUAUGCACCUUCGAAUACAGUUUGACUGUAAGACUGGCCAGUAUAUGUUAGGAAGAGGCACCAAGCAAUUCUCCUCAGUGCCCCACAUGAUCCAGCAUUACAGCAUCUUCCGACUGCCGAUCAAGGGUGCUGAACACAUGGUCCUACUGCAUCCUGUCAUUCAUGAGACCCUCUAGUGAAGCUGGUGUAAAAAAAUUAAUUUAUUGUCAGGUUCAUAUAAGGUCAUGUAGAUUUAUUUUGGAAUCUGCAUCAUAAUCAGUGAGCAGCCUUGGAAUACUUGCCUGUUAUUAUCAGUGUCUUGUUUAUGGAUGAGAUGGUAAUGGGUUUUGAGCUUACAACCAAGUCUGACGCUACUGAUUAUGUUGUGGCUUCACAAUGAAACCCAGUUGCCAAUCUUUUGCCAAACCUUGUGCAUCUUCCAUAAUUCUUAAUAUCU